AUGGACGAUAACAAUGAAAAUAAUAAAAAUGAAAAGGUUGAAAAAAGUGAUAGUGAAAUAGUAGAAGAUGAUACAAUAAAUGAAAUGGAUGAACUAACAGACGAUCGAUUUCAAUUUAAUGAUAGUUUAUGGAAACAUGAAAAAAAAGAAGAAUCAAAAAAAGGUAUUAUUUAUUUAUCACAUAUACCUAUAGGUUUAUAUCCAUCGAAGAUAAGAGAAUUUUUUAGUAAAUAUGGAGAAAUUGAUAAAAUUCAUUUAAACAAAAUAAAAAGUGAUGAAAGUAAUAUACUAUCAAAAGAAACAAAUCAUAAAAAAAUAAAAUAUAAAGAUGGGUAUGUAGAAUUUUUAAAUAAAAAAGAUGCUAUAAAUGUAGAAAAAUUAUUAAAUAAUCAAACAAUUAGUGGUAAAAAACGAAAAAAUAUUUUAAGAGAUAAUUUUUGGCAUCUUAAAUAUCUAAAAAACUUUACAUGGAAUGAUUUAGUUUCUUCUGUUUUGUAUCGAAAUAUUUCAAGACAAGAAAAAUUCAAGCAUGCCCUAAAAGACAUGUACAAAACUUAUGAAGAAUAUCUAGAAAAAAAUAUGGACAAAAAAAAAAACAAAAAAAUAAAUGAUAAAACAAUAACCACAAAAAAUAAAUAUAUUUCAAAAAAAACAAAAUCGUUAACCAAAAAUAAAUCAGCCAAACUAAAUUUUGUCACCUUAAAAAAGAAUGAUAUAAAGGAACAACCACAAAUAGAUCCUACUUCUAACAACAAUUUGGAAGUAGAAAACAAAAAAGAAAAAGACAACAUCGUUUCCUCCAAUCUUUUGGAGAUGUUUAUGUAA